UGAUUGCUUCGUUGCGUGUAAAAUAAUUAUCGAAGUUCACGUAUGAGUAUGUCAAGGUUUCUUGUUUAUUUUUCAUUUUGAGACACAGCUGCGCGUAACAUGUGGGCGUGCCUUUAUGUAAAAAGCCAUGUUUGUCGCAUAUGCAGAAUUCUAAGUAAACUACUAAGCAGACCAAGCUGAAGCAUACAUCGAUAAGACACUCCUGUAUGUUUCACGUGCAUAGUCGUGCUUAAACCUAAAUCCCGGAUAUGUGCGAGACACCUUCUGUGGCGUUUUACGCGAAUGUUCCAAGAAACUGGGUGGAAAUGUUCAUGGGAAAAUCCAGUACAAGAGAGAAAUUUAACCUUGCAAUUGAUUGUGACGAUUUGGUAAUUCCGUAAAUACGAAUGGCGAAAGAUUCAAGAAAUAUUUAUUUGAAAAAUACAAAUCUUGAACAAUCUGAAUCUUUUAGUACUGUGCGGGACCUAACAACAACAAAAACAAGAACUUAAACAGGAAGAAAAUACCGAAAUGACGCUGUGCCUAUUAUCGCUAAGAUUCUCCAAAGACUUAUGGCUACGCAUGCUACGAGAGUCAAGAAAAUAUAAAUAAAAAAGUUAAGCAGCACGUGGCCUGUUGGACUUUGAGACACGAUGCGAUGUAAAAGUAUCAUAAAUUCUACGAGAAACGACGAAAAACGUUAAACGAACUCGGUCAGUUCUUCGGGAGUUUUCAAGUUCCGUCUCUGCUGUUAUUUCGUAAAUAAUAUUUUUCCAGAGAAAUCAUUAAGUAACGCAUUCCUUUUUCAAUAUCAUCUAAUUGGAUAACUCCGAGCACAAGACGUUCAAUUACAGCCCCAAGGUUACAGAGGGAAACGUCUGUAAUAUGCAUAUGUACAUAUUAAGUGCCAUGCCACCAUUGGUGGUUCGGUAAAUACGACGGCUCACGAUUGGUCGAGUGGUAGGGAUAGACCCGGACCGGUCGAUGCUAAAAGGAGACGCGGGGUCAGACGCCAACCAGUUCAUAGUUCGUCAUCGAGCUUAACGGUUCUCCGUGGCGUGUGACAAAAAAGAAAUAAAAAUAAAAGGUUUACGGUCGAUGUAAACAAAGAGAAUCUUGAAAAUUCAUAUUACCUCAAUAAAUAUAUUGUUGCGCCGAGGAAAAGUGGAAAUACAUGGUGAUACGGGUGACGUGGCAGAGUCAGUUAGUUUCUACGGAUCGAAAGCUACUACAAGAAUAGAGUAUACCGUGUAAAAAUAGCUGAGCCGUGCUUCUUAGAAAUUAGACGUUCGGGAAAGAGAAAGAUACAGACGAGCAUAAAAUAAAGGAAAAAUAACUGAAAAGAAAAGGCAAUCAACGUAAAACACGAAUAGUGUACGAAAAUACCACGUAGGAAGGGGAAAUAAGAGUGAGAAGAAAGCCAAAUUAUUAAAAGCACGACGUAAAGAAUAGAAAAGGAAGGAAGCUACUAUGUAAACCGUGGGUCCGGAGUACCCACCAAAGUAAGAAAAGUUCAAAUUUUGUUGCUUGAAUCAGAAGCCCGCAAACUGGCUCCGGAAGUGAGGAUCAAGCAAAUUGGCAUGAGGGAGGAUCUUUUAUCCAUCAUACGGCACACGAGCAGUGACCAUUUUUCCGAAGAACUUUAGCAAAGGAGACACACGGCACUGGUGGAAUUAACACCCAGAGCAUACUGUUCCCAAAGAUAGUAGAGGGCUCUUGUUCGCUGGGCUAAACCAGGUGUUGACCGUUUUCUUUUGAAGCUUUCAAAUCGUCCUCGGGACGCAGGAAUACAGGGGCCUCGAAGGCUCAAGACUUCAGGUCAGGACCUUUGUUAUGCCCUGGGUUGCAGCCUGCCUCGAUUUGCUUGCCGCUCCGCUAUUGGGUUAUUGUUUAGCGGUUAGAAGAUUUGCUUUACAUGCUGGUAUACUUCACGAGGUUGCCGUCACUUCGAAUUCUACCAGAAACAUUGUCAAAACAAGCAGAGUCAUGGCUCCCAGCGCUGAAGAGAAUCGUCAAGACCCAAGUCAGGAGAUGACGGUGAGGACUUCCGGAAUAAUUAAGCCGCCUCGAAAGUUUGCCGGAGUGGUCAUUGCCACUACCGGCCUUCCAGCACGUGGAAAAAGUCAGAUCGCUAUAAAUCUGUCACGCAGAUUGAACUGGAGCGGCGAAUCAGCCAAAGUGAUGCGAGUUAGUGACUACAGAAGAAAAAGACUGGAACUUUAUGCAUCUCAUGAACUCUUUCAACCAGAUCAUGCUGCAAACUCUGGCCUACGAGCUCUUGCGCGAAGGGAUGCAAUCCACGAUUGCGCAGCCUGGCUCGCUUCUGGUAAUACGAUAGCUAUUCUUGACGCAACAUUAGUUACCCACGAGCAGCGCGUCGAAGUCUUUGACUACUUUUACGGCCAGCUUGGAUACCGUGUACUGUUCAUCGAAUGCGUCUGCGAUGACCCAGCUGUACUCGAGCAAAAUUAUGAGGAAAUCGUGAAAAAUAGCACGGACUACGCCGGCAUGGAUCCAGCAGCUGCGAUCGAAGACAUUCGCCUCAAAGUAGCUCAUUAUGUUCAAGCUUAUGAACCCAUGCAUGAGAAGACCUAUCCGAAGAUCAAGAUCGAUACUGCUACUAUGGAGAUCACUGCUCAGAAAGUUACCGGACACGUCGAGACCCAUGCUCUUGGUAUUCUAGGAAGCAUUGCUCUGAAGCCGCAUACACUAUACUUUUCACGGCAUGGGGAAAGCGAGUACAACGUCCUUGGCAGGAUCGGAGGCGAUGCUGUACUCAGCGCCCGUGGUGAACGUUAUGCUCAGGCUUUAGCAUCGCGCAUAAAUUCCAUGCAUAUUCCGGACCUUCGUGUGCUGACCAGUCGCUUGCGCAGAACUAUAGCCACGGCUAGGGGCGUUGAGGCACCGCAGGAACACGUUGCAGCGCUCAAUGAGCUCGAUGCUGGAGUCUGCGAAGGUCUUUCCUAUGAGGAGAUGCAAGAACAGUAUCCCCAGGAAUUCGCAUGGCGCGAUCAAGAUAAACUGCGAUAUCGUUAUCCAUGGGGCGAAAGUUACAUUGAUAUAAUGCAACGCGUCGAGUCAGUAAUUGCGGAAUUGCAACAAGCAAACAACAUUUUGGUUGUGUCACAUCAGGCCGUGUUACGUUGUAUCUUGGGUUUCUUCAUGGAUAAGACUCCAGAGGAACUGCCGUACAUGGACGUUCCACUGCACACAAUUAUUCGUAUUACCAGCCAAGGAUACAAUUAUAAACUGGAGUUCAUUAAACUGCCAAUUGAAUGCGUCAAUACAACCAGGACAAAACCGAAGAAUUGCAGUCCCAAUAGAACUGCCGAUGAUGCUCUACUCACUGUGCCAGCACAUUAUGAUAUUCCGGAUCCCUGGCGUAAUCCUGGAAACGGUCCUACGCUCGUUCAGCAACACUGAUCGUUACAAGGAUGAUGCAAUUAUAAUUAAUAGCAAGCAGGAAGAGCUUCGGAAUUGAUGCAAUAUCGUGGAAACAAUUUCUUACAAAAUUUGAAGAAGCGUCUGGUUAUAGAUAAUAUUUCGUUCUACAGGAAACAUUGGAAAAUCUCUUUUUGAAGAUACUACGAAUUUUAAAUGACGAUGCUAUGGAUGAAAUGUUACGCGAUAAUGACUUUGUUCUAGAAUCCUCUUGGAUUUCGAAAUAUUGUAUUUCUCUUUGGACUUUUGGAAUGUGGCCAGGUAGGCCAGGGUAUUGAAGUAUACUAUUGGCGUCGCGUCGCAUCUGUGCUAAGUAGGCACACAACUUGGAAAGUUUGUUGCUUCUACUUAACAUUCAAGUGAAUAUAUUGUUAUGCAUAAUCCGAAAAUUCAUAGCCCACGUGAACGAUUAAUUUUCUGGAGAUGUCAUCAAAAUUAUUCUUAAAUCGUGCGCCAAAAUUCUUCAGCUACUUACGAGAGUCAUUUGAGUGUGAGCCCAACGGCUGGUUGGAUUUAUAUGUCCUGUUAUUGCGAAUACAUAUUUACAUGUUUAUUCAGGCUGAAAUUUUCCGUUUCCAAGUAACGAAUCGAGUGAUCAGAGCGCAAGCGAGUAGUCUCUUUAGAAAGAAUGUUUGUUGAAUUGGAAGACUGUUAGGUGUCUUUUGAAAUCGUUACGAUUAAAUACUCGCAUAAACAAGUUUAUAUCAAGAAAUAAUCUCGAUUAUCCGAUAUUUUAAUUUCAUGACAACACCAUGAUGCCCGCUACCAGAGCCCUCUACACAUAUUCAGUAUAUGAUAUUUAUAGAUUCUACAAAAAUAUUUAAUAAUUCACGUUAAUCUUAUAAAGUACGUGUAUUUUAUCGCGAAUAGUGGUCAGCCAUGAAAAGUUAAUUAUGAAACGUCUAGAUUUGAUUUUGCAUGAAUUUUUUUUAAUCAUGCCAACGGUUUUUUUUUAAUAUACGAUACAGCUACGUUCAACAUGGGUUGUUGGUAUUUACGAUGAUUAGAAGUAGGAUCGAUCCGCUACUUGCAAUGUUGCAGAAUAAUUGUUAUUUGUUUGUCUGCAUCUGUCCGUUUUACAAGAUCUCGAAAAGGGCACGGCUGUAUCGUUGUAGGUUUUGUCGUAAGGAAUGCUUCACAAAAGCCAUCUGGCUGGCAAAAGCAUAUUGAGGAUAAUGAAAAAGGAAAGUAUAUUUAUUGUGCAUAGGUUAAGAGCAUAAAUCAUAUUUUUAGAAUUUGUCGUCGAAUCGUCGUAUUCGACUUGGCACCGUGCAUUUUUUGCCUGCGUAAUCAUAAAUACUUCAAGCUCUAAGCUACCAAUUAGACUUAAGGAUGUUUAAGAGAAACCGCAUAAACGUGCAUAAUAAUUCAUUAGAAAAAGGCGUUUAUUAUUAAUACAUGGAUGGGAAGUAUUGAAGUAGACGUAUAGAGCUUACUGUAAGUUUGGAAACGAGUAAAAUUACUUAUAUUGCAAGAGGCAUCAUAUUUAUUUCUAUUGCAUUUUUAUGCAUAGUCAUGGCCCUGCAUAUUGGGAAUAAUUAGGGCAAUUUUUCUUAUGAGUGAUUACUUUUUGUCUCUUUUUUCUACUUUGUAUUUUACCUAAACGGGUUAUUCAUUGCAGGUUUUACACGCAAUUUUCAAUUGAAAACCGUUUUAUUGUUUAUUAUUUUAUAUUUACGCGAACGCGCAACAAAAUACUUAGAAUUGUAUGUACAAGAGAGACUACAAUGUUAAGUCGAAUAGACUGUGUACUGCUUUUUUUAUUAUAAAGUAUAAAUAAACAUUUUUUUAUUAAAAAAA